AUGAGCACGGUAAAAGCAACCCAAAACCUCCAAUUACUCGACGCUGCUCGGUGUAAUGGCGAGUGGGAGGCAGUUCCCGAGUUGAGUCGCAAGGUGCAGAAGCAUGCGCCUGGAAGGAAAUGUCUCGCCAUAGCUGCUCACACCGAAAGCAAACUACACGCCCUUCGUUCGCCGCCCAGACCUCCUUCGGGCCCUGCUUUCGAUUCCUAUGUUGCAUCCCUCGACAGCCUCCAGAAAGCUCUGCAAGCUGAGCUCAACGCUCAGCCUACUCAGCUGCCGAAGCUUCCGAAUCCCGUUGGAGGUAAUGAGAGCUCGGUGGUAACGGAAGGAGACCUUCUGCAGGCGAGGAUCGUGUUGGCGUCGAUAUGUUCAAAGAAAGGGGAAUGGAACGAGGUGUUGAACAUAGUGCCCGGGGAGGCCGAGGUUGGAGAGGGGUUCACUCCGGGACCUGGAAAGGCUGACUACAUGAACAUCAUGAGACUCAAAGCGCUUGUCUUGAAGGGUGUUGCUCUAUCGCGAACCACCACGGAUACCUCACUUUCACUUCAAGUAUACCGAGCGGCCACUCGACUGUACGCUUCGUUCUCUGCGAGCCAACCAACUUCUGUAACGCUUGCGAUCUGGGCGGAGAAAGCCCUCGGAUUUUAUGCUCUCGCUACGUACGGAGUCUGGUUCCAGGAACAUGCGACACCGACCGCGCAGUCCCCUGCAUCCGAGAAGUUGAAUCGCGACGGCGAAGAGUCUCCCACCGGGGAAGAAUCCGAGACGGAAGGGCAAGUAGGCGUCGCCAUCGGAAAUACGAUUGUCGAUGAAUCCACGCUUGCGAGCGCUCUGAGAACUUUCCACAAAUUCGUCAAUGGCACCAGUUCCGAUAACAGAGCGACUUCGUAUAAGGAAAAGAGGAAGGAUAUCUACCGAUGCUACUUCAUGUUCCUGUCGCUGCUUCUGCUGCCACCGGGGCAUGCCGACCGGCCACUUGUGAACCGUCUGCCGCCGGGCAAGCAGGGUGAUCGGAGGGGGUCUAUGGCUUCUGCCGGCAACACUCUCGGUCGAAGGAAGAUCACGUCCAAUGUUGGUACGCCGGACCAGCUACGCGAGGAGUUGAAGACAAUCUCAACGGUUUACGAGAGCCAUUUGCUUUUGGGGCUCAAGUUCCCUCGAGCGGACGAAUAUCACGAAGCCAUUGGAGAAUGGGCGGAUCAGGUUGUCGAGAACUGGCGCGUAUCCGGUGGCUCCGCGGAAGAUGCUGCACCAGUGGUGGGGAUUCUAUACCGGGCUUCGAAGAAGUCAUUUCACUCCCCUCGGAUACUGCGGCAUCUGUUCUACACACUCACCGCCACAGGAAACUUCCAGGAUGCGCUCGCGGCAUUGAGCACGUACCUUGACCUUAUCCAGAAAGCGAUGGAGCGGAUCUCGAAAGGUAACCACGAACGGGACUUUGAUAGCCACAAGACCAUUUUCCACACUGCGGUGGAAGGAGUUCGAGUGCUGUGCAAGUUUACCGGCAAUGCACCGACUGCUAUGGAGGUUGCGACGAAGAUGGAGAAGUGGAUUGGGGAGUGGGGAAUAAGAGACAAAGAGAUAUUGGCCGAAGUGUACCGAGGAAUCGGAAUGGCGAAUUCAGCUUUUGCUCGGCAGACUUCCGAAGGCGAACGGAGACCCGGGGCUCAGCAGGCAGCGGUGAUUGCGUUCAGGAAGGGCUUGAGCUACGAUCCAAUAGACACACAGGGCUGGUAUGGGUUGGCACUGGUGGAGGCAGAGAUGAGGUCGGUGGAGAACGCCAUGGAGAGUGCUCGGAAAGGACUCGGUGCACUGAAGUACAACUUCAUGGACAACGAGGAUCCGGAUGAUCGAGAGGGUUGUGCUAGAGACUACAAGCGUUUUGCGGUCCCGCUGUUGCACCUACUCGCCCUACUGAUGACUGCCAAGGAAGAUUUCGAAACGGCAGAAAAGGUUUGCAGGAACGCCUUUGACAUAGUAGGUGAGGGACGAAACGCUGUCGCCGACCUAGGAGUCAGUGAUAAGGUCGCCAUCUUUGAGUUGAGGAUGUCGCAGCUUGCUAUCAUGGAGGCGGUCGAGGAUUCUGAGACAGCAGCAUCGAUGGCCGAGGACCUUCUGGCUCUAUACGGCAUGCUGUUUGACGGCACGCAUCUCGUUCAGAGGCAACAGCAGGGGGAUGCUGAGGAGAAUGUUGGCGAUGUGAGCAACCCUUCCCGACCCACCACCACCACGAGUCGGAGAUCCCGUCUUCCCUGGAGGAACCAUAAAAAGCAGUUCUCUGCAUCCCACUCCAGUCUCCCACGUCAGGUCGAGGAUCCAGGCUCACCGCCAUCGCAGGGAGGAACAGUGAAGAAACGCCCCCAGUCCGGACACCAAUCGCUAACCGGCAUGUCCACCGGUAUGCCAACCAACGCACCGAAGAUCCAGGUCAUCGACGAUAAGGGUGGCGCUGCGACACCACCCUCGGAAAAGACCCACCGGAAAAUGAUGCGCCCGAGCUCUGUUUCCGGAAGCACUGUCAGAAGGAUGCGGAGCCUUGGUAGCCUCAAGCUACGACACGAGCCCAAAUUGGACGAACCGCCUACACCGCCGCUGCCCAGCUCGACCGAGGCAUCAUCGCUCAACUUUGAUAGUCCAGCUGGUAGCAUGAGGGACGGCAAAGAUCCACAUCUCUUCCAAACCCUCAAGAACAAACUUCAUCACCACCAUCUCAAGCAUCCACAAGCACCAAGUGCGACCGGCUCUGUCACGUCGAUCGCCGAGACGAUACCCGGCGAGAUUACAUCGGAGAAUCGCGAGUCAACCAAGGCAGAAAACGUCCCCAAUAACCUCCCGCAGCACAAGCUCCCGUACCCACUAUGUGCUCUUGGCAGGACCAUCUCCGACGACGGCCAGGACGGACGGAUUCGGACACUAAGGCGGCCAAUACAGCUUCCGGAGCCGAAGCUUGCUGUCGCCGAGGAAAGCAAGCAAGUGCUAGGCGCUCUUCGGAGAGCAUGGUUAUGCGUUGCUGGCCUGUACCGCCGAGCCGGAUACUUCGGUGAUGCCCUCAUGGCCACCGAGGAGGCAAAUGGUCUUGUCGGAAAGGAGGGCGAGGGAGAAGCAGAUGUACUUGCAGAACAAGGAUUCCUGGCGAUGGUCCAAGGCCGCCGCACGCUCGCCGCCGAACUCUUCGAGCAAGCGCUCGCACUCGACUACGACCACCCGCAGUCCAUUGUCGGCCUCUCCAAGCUCCUGCUGAAAGUCAAAGACAUGGACCCGGAGAUCGACGCACAGCAGGAGGAAAGCGCCCCCGACGACGAAGACACCGAGGCACGCACAAACAAGCUCGCAUCCCGCGACCGCGCCCUCGGCCUCCUCGAAAAACUGGUGGUCUCCCCGCGCGGAUGGGAUCUGGUCGAUGGAUGGUUCCUCCUUGCCGACGCCCUCGAGAAGGGCGGCGAGGUCGAGCGCGCGAAGGCUGCCCUGUGGAGAGUUGUCGAACUCGAGGAUGGCACCGGUGUUAGAGGCUGGCGCGCUUGCGGUGUGGGCGUCGUGUAG